AUGAAUGACAUUAUAGGUUUGAGGGUUAAUGUUCCUGGAGCAACAGGACACGCCGUCUUGCGAUAUGUGGGGAUCAUUCACGGCAAGAACGGAGUGUUUGCAGGAUUGGAGCUUCAGGGAACGUUAGCAGCCACUAGAGGUAAGAAUUCGGGCGCAGUUGAAAAUGUUCAAUAUUUUGACGUGGAGAUCCCCAAGAGUGGAUUAUUCAUCCCAUAUGAACGGUUAAGAAGCGUUAAUCCUAAACUACCAGACCUGAAAACAUACUUGUCCCAUUUUGGCGAUACCAUUAUUAUCAACGAAACCUUGAGUAGGCCGGCUAGUGCUGCAGGGAUAGAAGCUAGAACACCCACCUCAAGAACUUCCUCUGUGGGGAAUGCAUUGCCCAUAGGAUCAUUUGCUGCUUCUUAUCCAUCUGCAAAUAAUGCAGGUGAAGCAACAGAAGCGCCUAUAUAUGGUAUAAAUACCGGCAAUGCAAGUGACACAAUGCAUACAACGACAGAGUAUACUACUACAAUGGUAUUACCAGCACCAGCAACAACAGUAGCACCAGCAGCACCACCACCAGCAGCACCACAAACUAUAGCACGAACACCGGUUGCAACAACAGAUACUCGGUCAAUAUCUAAUAAUACUCCGCUAUUGAAAAAUAGUGUUCGUUCACCGUUAAGUCCUAUAUCUCACACAGGAGGAUAUUUGAAUGCAAGAAUGGGUGCCAUGAGCGAAAAUAUAUAUAAGGAAAUGAAUUCAAACGUUGUAGACGUGUCGCAAUAUGAAACCGAAAUCAAAGAGUUGCGGAAGCUAUUAAAGGAAAAAGAUAGAAGACUUGAAGGUUUUGCCAGGCAGAGAGAAGAAUGGCAUAAUGCAAUGGAUGACUUGAUGGCAGUUCAACAAGACGGUAUGCAAGUAUUCGAAGAUCGUAUUCACGAAUUGGAGAAUGUGAAUGCUAAGCAAGCAAAGGAACUUACGCGGUUGAAAGAGGAGCUCAGAAUCUCGAAAGAAAGUAUGAAACAAUUGGAGGAUGAACUCGAACAUUUAAGGAGUAAAGGAACAGAGAAGAAGGAAAUAGGUAAACUGCGAAACCUUGAUGGGGCCAAAACAGAACUGAAUGAAGACAAACACAAACAGUUGGCAAUGGGCGAUAGUCAGAUUCGCGAGAUUGAGAAAUUGAAACGGGAGCUUGAAGAAUCGAGAUUUAAAAUUGGGGAGUUGGAAAAUGACAAAAAUAAACAAAGUCAUGAAGAUCAUAUGGAUUCCAUAUUAGCCGAAGAUAUCCAAAAUGUAGAUUUACUAGGUAGUUUAAAAACAAACAGCGGAGAAAUCUCACAAUCACCGUCAGAUUCAAAACUGCAUCCAAAUGUACAUCCAAAACAAGAACUACAAAAUCCUCAUAGAGAUGCUGUUGAAUCUACUAAACGUUCAACGGAGACAGUACUUAUGGAGAACACUGCAAACUCUUCAUCAUCAGUCUCAGGAAACUAUGUUGCUUCAACAUCGAGUGAUUUAAUACAAGGAUCAACUCAUCCAACACAUGCCAAUUUCACUACGGAUUUGCCAAUUUAUAAAGCACCAAAACCAAUUGAUCCUGCUGAAGGUAGGAAUGACUGGUGUGGUCUUUGCGAAAGAGACGGCCAUAGUAGCAUUGACUGUCCUUUUGAGAACGAUAUAUUUUGA